AUGUCUGGAGAAGAGGCAGAAGAGCCUCUUUUCAGGUCGCUAGGCCACCAUGUCGUGUUUCCUUCGCUCGGCCCCUCUUCUCUGAGAAGCUGGGCUAAACGGCAGGCAAGCCAGCAAUCGGGCAAGUUAUGCAAGUGGUUAUGCCAGAAUUGCCAGCAAGACGCCUACUCUCUCGGCACGAUAUGGAGGGGUCUUCCACCAAAGCAUGUACCCGAGAGAGCCAGCCUAUCGUUCGUGGCCGUCUCGGGUGAAGCUACCGACAGCUCAUUCGGCCUGGCUACGCCACCCUCGUCUGUGCAGGCGUCCGGCUCGGCAGGCAUGCAUGUAUGCUUGUGUGUUGGAAGCUCUGUUAGACUCACGGAUGCAUACAGCAAAACUGGUGUUUACGCUGUCAAGGCGACGCGUCGACGAUUCGAUCGCCAGUUGGCGUUGGGCAGGAGAGGAGUGUGA